UCAAAACACAGAGCCGUUCAACAGUUCUCCUGAUACAACGGUGGACGUGAGAUUUUCUGGAAAAGGGACAAAGCAGUCGUGAACGCGGAGUCUAGUUUUCAUUUCCACAAUGGCAGAAGGAGGAGAUGUGGAGUGGGAGCUAAGCAAAGAAAACAUCCAGCCACUGAGACGGGGCAGAGACAUAUCCGCAUUACAUCAAGCCCUUAGUCAACAACAGGAUGGACCCACCUCUGCGAUCAACCAACAGAGACAGGCCUUUGAGUCUGAGCUGCGCAUGUAUGAUGGAGAUGAUCCACUUGAUGUUUGGGAUCGGUAUAUUAAGUGGACGGAGCAAACCUUCCCUCAGGGAGGAAAGGAGAGCAACCUCGCUACGCUGUUGGAACGAGUUGUGACCAGAUUCAAAGACGAAAAAAAUUACCACAACGACCCUCGCUAUGUUGACCUCUGGGUCAAAUUUGCUGAACAAUGCCCGGAGCCCUUGGACAUUUACAGGUACAUGCAAGCGCAGGGAAUAGGAGUGACACAGGCGUCCCUGUACAUCGCUUGGUCUGAGGAGCAUGAGAAUCAGGGCAACUUUCGCAAAGCAGACCUGGUCUACCAAGAGGGAUUCAGGAAGUGUGCUGAGCCACAUGACAAGCUCCUCCAGUUUCACAAGGCUCUGCAGGCACGUGUGUCCCGACAUGUGAUGAUGGAUGUGGAGGAGGACAAUAGUGAUGAUGAGUCUAAACAACCUGAAAGAGUUUCUCUGGCCGACCUCAAACACAGAGGGAAGAAAAAGGCCAUCGCCCCCGUCAACAGAACUGGUCCGGCAAUCAGAAGCAUUUCUGGAGGCCUGCAGUCACGUGGCGCCCCUGUCCUCGGCAAUGUCUCAAACAGCCGCUUGGUGAUCUUUGAUGAGAACAAAACUGAAAGUGCUGGUUCAUCGGAGCCUAAGUUGGAGUCUUGGAUGGCUCCUCCCACAACGAGGGCAAAGGAGAAUGAGCAGAGGCCUGAAAGAUGGUGUGAUGUCAAGAUGCCCCAGAAGUCCAAAUUUGGAAAUACUAUUAUGGCUCCGCCUCCCCCGAAACCCACCUUCCAACCAUUUGUUGAGGAGUCGGACCAGCCUCCCACAAUGACUCCAUGUAAGAUCAACCCGGCGGUAAACACAGUUUUGUCAGCACGUAAGCCGGGCAGAGAGGAAACUCCUCUGAAGAGACUUCAGGACCAUCAUCAGCAACAGAAGGAGGCAGAAUCAGGAAAACUGCAGGAGCAGAGCAUGUACUGUAAAGAGCUGCUGCUCAGCGGCGCCGCUGAAUUCUGCUUUGAGGAACUGCGUGCUGAACGCUUCUUCAAAAAGAUGUCAUAAGAAUCACCAGAAGUCAGAAGCUUCAGUGCUGCAGCAGAGGAGGCCUCGGAGUUUGUUUCUUGAAUACAUGUUUUUUUUUUUUUACCUUUGUUGUGAGAAGAUGUUAUUGCAAAUAUCAUGUCAUGACUUUGUAUGUGUUUGUUAUCUAGAUGUAAAUAUUGUUUUCAUGAAAUAUGAGUUACUGUAUCGGGUGAAAAGACAAGAGUGGGGAAGCUUUUUGGAAGCCUUUUGAACUAAAGACACUAUUUUAAAAGUUUAGGACCCAAUAAAAAUGCAGUGAUUGGACCA